GCUACCACAGUUAAAAUUCGGCUACAUUAGGCUACUAAGGUUAGGAUAAAUGGCGACAUUGGACCCGGGGUUGUUGGCAACACUGCAACCGACAGCGGCAGCCGUUUUUAUUGAAUAUUUCGUGACGGCUCUGCAAAUUUUCGAACACUGCGGCGCGGAAAGCGCCGGUGCGUUACGCGUAGAUGCCUUGAUGGAUAAAUUUGCUCCUUUCGUUAAAACUAACAAGGCUGAAUACACCUACCUAAGAUCCUUGUUGGACCCAGAGCACAGCAACCCUGAAAUCAACGUGACCAAGCUGGCUACUGCAUUGCACGAGUACAGCGAGAGCCAGAAGUCGAAGGCUGAUCUAGAUGAAAGUUUUAACUUAAAAGGUGGAAUAAUGCCUCAAGAUUCUGACUCAGGUAUUUCUUCAGAUGGUUUCCAGCUGGUGGAAGAGCUGCAAAGUGAACUGCGCGAGAAAGCACACCUAGCCCAUAAACUGCGUACCGAGCUCGACUUCACUGACCGACAACACGAGGAGGCACUGGCUGCGCUCUCCGCUGAAAGAGACUCUUUGCGCUCACAUCUCAAUAUGCUACGCGAUGAGAACAUAACGCUGACUCACGUGCGACGCGAUUACGAAGACGCGUGUGACCGACUGUGCAACAGCGAGCUGGCGCUCGGUGAGACUAGACAGGAGCUGGACAAAUGCAAAAGGAAUAACAGAGUUUUGGAGGAACAUGUCUCCGAACUGGAGAUCGAGAAAUCGGCCCUGCAAGAACUUCUUACCAAGUCAAAAGACGAGUGCCAUCGCAUCAAUGAGAUGUACGCGUCGCGACAGUCCGCGUUGCUCGAGGAAAAUGAGACCCUCAAAACGGAAAAUGCCGAUUUGAGCACGCGGCUGCAGGACCAGGAGGAGUUUAUGCAGCAGAUUAUUAAGGAAAAGGUACUCCUAGAGAUGGAGCUAAAGGAGUUGUUGAACAAAUCGAACCAGACCCAACUCCGUCUUGACCGGUCCAUCGACGUCUCAUACACUGACGAGCAAAUGCUCACGGCACUCGACACGCUUAACGCUGACAGCCGCUUCACAUCCGAACACCAACUUCUUGACGAAGAAUCAUUCUUAUGCGCGUUAAAGGAAGAUCAAGGUCGACCCACUAAUAUGUCUUUAUUUGACGAGAUCCGACUCAGCUUCUGUCUUCCACGACAAAACGCAAGUGAAGUCAACGAAAAUCAAUUUGAUAACUGCAUAGAUAAUUUUGAAAAUUGUUGCUUUACCAUUGGAACUCAAACUGAUGAAGACUUUGAUGAAAAUGACGGAUCCAAAUAUGAUAGUGGAGAAAGUCUAAUAUCACAAACCGAAAUAGUUGACAAAUAUACUCAAGGAACACAGACAGAAGAUUAUAUCUGCGAUUGUAAAGUACAAGACAAUAGUACACAACCGGAAUUAGUGACAAUCGAAAGUUCAAAAGAAACAAACAAUAAUAUCGAAUGCAUAAAAUGUUUUCAAUGUGAAAAGCUUCACAAUUACUCGACCAAAUUAGAAUGUGAUUUAAAGUUAUCCCAAACGACGAUAAAAGACUUACAACAAGAACUUGCCACUUAUGAGGGUAAUUUGGAUUUGUUAGAUAAGUUUCUAGACGAAGGCAAAGAUACGAAUAAUUACUUGCAAACUGUGGUACAUAGCUUGCAAUCGAAACUUGGUAUUUUGGAAGCGGCGGUUAUGGAACAGACAGACAGAUUGGACGUUUUGAACAACGAUAAAUGUAGCGCUGAAUGUCAGACUGAAAGCGAUGUAAUGUCAGUGUCUACUCAAGUGGAAGUACCAUGCGCAGAUUGCGUGAAACGAAACACAGUCGUGCCCCACAGCGGCUUAAGGCGAUAUUUGUGGGAUCCCCUCAAAUGUCUAUUCCAAAUCUUCGCUGUGGUGUGUUUUCUCUGCGCCGUUUCCGUGCUAUACGGCGUGUCACGCCGCUGGAAUGCGCGUUGCGUAAGGGACGCCUCCCCGGUGCCUUGGAGGUGGUUCAAUGCUCAGGACUUCAUGGACUUAUUGCUGAGGAUAGAAUACGUUGCCGAUGUGCCAAUGUAAAUUUUAAAAUUGCAAUUCGUCAUGAAAUGAAACUUUUUUUUUCGGAACUAAAUCCAUAAAAGACACCAAAAAGUUUGUUUGAAACAACAAAUGAGUAUACGCUAUUUAGAUCCGAAACAAAUUUCAAUACCAAUACAUAGCAAUCACUAAAACUAAAGCCUAAGAACUAGUUUGUUAAAUUAAUUUAAGUAUUCGAAUCAAAGUUAAACAAGUGAAAUUGAUUAAUAAAUACUGGAAAUUUGCUGUAAUUUUAGGUUAAAGGUGUACCCAAUCUACAUGUAUAUUUUAAACUUUGGAAUUUUGAAUAUAUAAAACUGUGUUCAUACCAUUGUGUUCAUGUAAUCUAAAGGUAGAACUUGGUGGACGCGUCAGUAUACCUCUGACGCUUGGUAUAUUCAAUGUUCAAAUAUAUUUUAAACUUUCGAGUUUUGAACACAUAAAACUGUUCACACAAUUGUGUUCAUGUAAUUUAAUUGUUGUUCGACAGUGCAGUUUUAAAUUUCAUUUAUUAAAUGAAUCCUUGCCGCAGAGCACAUAUGUAAUUCGAAAGCAAAUCGUCUUCCGUACAAAGUAUGUAAAUUGCAGCGCCUGUGGAAAAUUUAGAAUAAGUCGUUGAAUGUCACGGACCCUUUUGUAACGCCUCUAUAUCGUAGGUUACAUUAAUCAAUUGGAAAAAAUCUAAUAUGUUGCACUACAGGGAAAUGACGGCCCAAAUGUCACAGGGAUCAUUUUAUUUCUAGGCGUACAAACGAUAUUUGUAUUUUCUCUGAUUUGAAUCACUUGCAAGCGACAUCCGAAGUGGGUACGGUCCGAGUUUUGUAGAUUUGUAUGGUCUCGAAUUCGGCACGAAUAUUUAUCGGAUUGAGGGCGCAAACGCGCUAACUUGAAAUUGUAUAAUUGAAAAAACACGAUUUAAAAAAAAUGGAUAACUAAAUAUGUAUAAAUAAAAAUAAUUACAUUAUUCGCAAUAACAUACUUUCAGUAUUUUUCUAAUUUUCAAACUUAUGAUAAUGGUCUUAUGUUUUAAGACCCAAAGACGGAAUGCAGACUGUAGUGUAGACCACGAUACGAAAUCCAAGUAUUGUAUAAAACUUUAAAGACAGGUGAAAAUUAAAGUUGUGAUUUGGUGGUGAACAUUAAAAUUAAUUAAUAAGUAGAACAAAAUUUAGAUGCGUUUGUGUUAAUGAUUUAUAACUUCUAUUUACAAUU